AUGAAAUUACAAUAUCAUAUUUUAUUUAUUAUACUUUUAACGGAAGAUAUAUUCUGUUUUAAAAACGAUGAUUCUUUUAAAAGCACAUCACAUAUUCCUAAUUUAAAUAAAGACAUUUUUUACGAUACAUUCGUAGGAAAUUGUUUGAAGAAUAAUAAAGAUGAUAAUAACUUACCAACAAAUAUAUUACAAUCAUUAUUUUGUUCUCUUAAAAAAUUAUUUUACAAAGAAAGUGAGAUAGAAAAAGACAUUAAGGAUGUUAGUGAUCAUAUGAAAGAAAUGAAAGAAGAUAUAUCAAAAAAUUCUAGCUAUUGGAGUAACUUAUUUAAAAAAUCUGCGAAUGAAGAAUUACAUGAAAUUGAUAAAAAAAGUAGUGAACAAUUAAAAAAAUUGAAAGAAAGCACGGAUAAUAGUAUUUUUUCUCCUAAAAUAUUUAAUUUUGUUUCAAAUCAGGAAGUAAAAAUAGAAGAGAGAAAAAGUAUAGAUACAGAAAAAAAUGAAGAAAAAAAACAUCCAUGGUUCUAUUCAACAGAUAGUAAAAAUAUAGAACAAAAUAAAGGAGAAUAUUCUGGAUUAUUAAAAGGAAAAAAUAGUUUUCUUAAUAUUUUUCGAAAUGAUGAUAAAAAGGAAAAUGCAUCUAAUAACACAACUAAAGAAAAUGAAAGUCACUGGUGGUUUGACAGAAAAAACACAGAAAAUGAACAAGAGAAAAAUGAUGAAGUGGAUAAAAAAGAUUUAAGUAAUAAUAAAGAAAGAAAAUUUCUUUUUGGUUUUUUUAGUAAUAAUAAUGAAAAUAAAAACAUAGAAGAAAAAAAGGAAGAAAUAAAAAAUGAUCAAGAAAAAACACAGAAACAAGGAUUUCUUUUUUUUAAAAAAGAUAUAAAUGAAGAAAAAAAAAAAUUAGACUCUGAAAGUCCCACUGAACAAGAAUAUAGAAAAAUAUUACCGUGGAAUACAACACAUAGUAAAGAAGAAGAUAAAAAGGAAAAUAAUAAUGAACAAAAUACAUAUUGGUGGCAAAGAAAAAGAGUUUCAUCAAAUGAAAAUAUAAAAGGUGAUGAAACAAUGCAAAGUAAUAUAAAUGAUCAAGAUAACAAGAUGGAAGAAAAAAUAGAAAAAGAGAAUCAUUCCAUUUUUAACUUUUGGAAGAGAGAAAAUAAAAAUAGUAAUGAUAUAGAAACAAAAAAAAAAGCAGAUACAAAUUACAAUGGAGUUAUUUCAGAAGAAACUGAAGAAGAAAAGAAAAAAAAAGAAAAAUCAUUUUUUAACAAAUAUGAAAUUCAUGAUGAUAAGAAUUUAAAAUUAGAUGAUUCUGAUAGUGAAUAUAAGAAAUCGGAUGAAAUAAAAACAGAAAAGGAUGAUUCACAGAAAACUCAAUUAAAUUCUUUAAAGAAAUAUUAUGAUUUAAAUCAAAAUGGUAAUGAUAUAAAUUAUUUAUCAUUUUUGAACUCAGAGCAUGAAUAUGAAGAAAAUGUAGAUUGCCAUCCUUUAAUAGUAUUUAAAGUAUGCUUAAAUAAAUGCUAUAAAUCGUUAUCCAAUGAAAAUGAAGAAUUUUCUGAUAAAAAUGCUUUAUCAGUUAAUGAUUUUAAAUAUCUAGAAAAGUGCAUUCUAAAAUGUAAAAAACUAAGUUUUGAUUAUGUUCAUGGUGGAUGUAUUCAAAAAAAUGGAAAUGUAUUAAAUAAAAGACAAAAUUAUAAAGAUUACUUAGAAGAAAUAGAUACAUAUAAUUUAAAAUUAGAAGAAUAUCCAUCGACUUUUUCAGAUUUUACUUUUCAAGAAAAAUACACUGAUAACAAAAAGAGGAUUAAGGAAUCAAAAAAUAUUAGACUGGAAAAUAAGUUAAAUGAUACAAAAGAGAGUAAAAAUUUUAGCUUACUUGAUAUAUCAAAAGAAGAAUUAAGUACUCAUGUUUUUGAUAAAGAUAAUAGUGAAAAAAUAAAAAAUUUUAUGAGAAAUAAAGAACUCAAUACAAGUAAUAAUAUAACGGGAAAAUCUUUUAAUUUUUUUAAAUCAUUCAAAAAUGAAAAGGAAGAUGAAUCCAAUGAUGAAAAAUUAAAAGAUGAAACAUUUAAAGAAUAUAAUGAUAACAAAUUAGAUUUGAAUAAUAAUGAUUCUGAUAAAAAUAAUCAAUCAAAUGAUUACAAUUAUUUAUCAACUAGCUUUUUUUUAAUUUUACUGCUGAUAACAUUUUUUGUUUAUUUGUCUGCAUUUACAAAUAUAAUAAAUCAAUUUUAUGUAUCAUUUAAAGAAAAAGUAUGCUUAUUCAUUAAAGGGCAUUAUAAAGCUACAUUCGAUAAUGUUUACAAAGAGUCAUCAGAAUCUUUUCUAAUAAAAAAACAAAAUAAUAAUUUUCGUAAUUCAUACGAAAACUUAUAUCAUUCGUUCCAUGAAAAGCCUUAUGACAUUGCAUAA